CGAGCGGGCGCUGCUAGCGGAGGCGCCAUAUUGGAAGGGACAAAACUCCGGCGACAGCGAGUGACACAAAUAAACCCUUGGACCCCCUCGCUCCCCCAGCUCUAAGGGCCGCGAUGUUGUACCUAGAGGACUAUCUGGAAAUGAUUGAGCAGCUUCCAAUGGACCUGCGGGACCGCUUCACCGAGAUGCGCGAGAUGGACCUGCAGGUGCAGAAUGCAAUGGAUCAGCUAGAACAAAGAGUCAGUGAAUUCUUCAUGAAUGCAAAGAAAAAUAAACCGGAGUGGAGAGAAGAGCAAAUGGCAUCCAUUAAAAAGGAUUACUAUAAAGCUUUGGAGGAUGCAGACGAGAAGGUACAGUUGGCAAACCAGAUAUAUGACUUGAGUUCAGUGUCUACUUUUUGGCUUCUUUGUGGAAGAGAGCCAGGCAGUCCACAGUCAGUAGAUCGACACUUGAGAAAGCUGGAUCAGGAACUGGCUAAGUUUAAAAUGGAGCUGGAAGCUGAUAAUGCUGGAAUUACAGAAAUAUUAGAGAGGCGAUCUCUGGAAUUAGAUACUCCUUCACAGCCAGUGAACAAUCACCAUGCUCACUCACAUACUCCAGUGGAAAAAAGGAAAUAUAAUCCAACUUCUCACCAUACGACAACAGAUCAUAUACCUGAAAAGAAGUUUAAAUCUGAAGCUCUUUUAUCUACCCUAACAUCAGAUGCCUCUAAGGAAAAUACACUGGGUUGUCGAAAUAAUAAUUCUACAGCCUCUUCUAACAAUGCUUAUAAUGUGAAUUCCUCCCAGCCUCUGGCAUCCUAUAAUAUUGGCUCCUUGUCUUCAGGAACUGGUGCAGGGGCAAUUACCAUGGCAGCAGCCCAAGCAGUUCAAGCUACAGCUCAGAUGAAAGAGGGACGAAGAACAUCAAGUUUAAAAGCCAGUUAUGAAGCAUUUAAGAAUAAUGACUUUCAGCUGGGAAAAGAGUUUUCCAUGCCCAGGGAAGCAGCUGGCUAUUCAUCAUCUUCAGCGCUCAUGACUACAUUGACACAGAAUGCUAGCUCAUCAGCAGCAGAUUCACGGAGUGGGAGAAAGAGCAAAAACAACAACAAGUCUUCAAGCCAGCAGUCCUCAUCUUCCUCCUCCUCUUCUUCCUUAUCAUCAUGUUCUUCGUCAUCAACUGUUGUACAAGAAAUCUCUCAACAAACAACAGUUGUACCAGAAUCUGAUUCGAACAGUCAGGUUGAUUGGACUUAUGACCCAAAUGAACCACGAUACUGCAUUUGUAAUCAGGUAUCCUAUGGUGAGAUGGUGGGCUGUGAUAACCAAGAUUGCCCCAUAGAAUGGUUCCAUUAUGGAUGUGUUGGAUUGACAGAAGCACCAAAAGGAAAAUGGUACUGUCCACAGUGCACUGCUGCCAUGAAAAGAAGAGGCAGUCGGCACAAAUAAGGGUGGUCGUUUCAUUUGAGAAAGAAAAAAACUCCAACAUUUUAUAUAGGACUUUAAAAAAAAGAGAAAAAGGAGAGAAGAGACAAUGCAUUUCCAGGCAACCACUUAAAGGAUUUACAUAGACAAUCCUGUAAGAUCUUGAACUUGAAUUUUAUGGGUUGUAUUUUAAUAAUGUAAGUAAAUUAUUUAUGCACUCCUGGUGUGCUCUGAAUAUUAUUCCAGUCAGCCUUGGAUUAUUUCAGUGGCCAACAUAUGCAGACGUUUGUACUCCUCAACCAUUUUCUCCAAGUAAUGGGCAUUCUAUAAUUUAGACUUCAAAGAAUUCCAACGAUGAAGAUUUUAAGAAAAGUAUUUUAUAUUCAACAGGUAUGUUCUGCUGCAUGUACUGUACUCCAGAGCUGUUACGUAACACUGUAUAUAAAUGGUUGCAAAA